CGCAGGCGGGGAGGGGGCUCGCUUAGCACCCGGAGGCCCUGAUCUCAGGUCCCGGGGUCCCGGUGGCGGCCGGAGCGCUCGGUCCGCAGGCGGCCGGCGGGUGGACGCCUCCCGCCCCACGCGCGCGCCCGCCUUACCCCCGGGCAGCCUCCUCGGCUCCCGCGCGGCGGCGGUUCCUCCCCCUCCCCCAGCCCUGGCUCCGGGGGACCCCGCGAUGCCGGUCCGCACCGAGUGUCCCCCGCCGGCCGGUGCCUCGGCCGCCUCCGCCGCCUCGCUCAUCCCGCCGCCGCCCAUCAACACGCAGCAGCCCGGCGUGGCCACCAGCCUGCUCUACAGCGGCUCUAAGUUCCGCGGCCACCAGAAGAGCAAGGGUAACUCGUACGACGUAGAGGUGGUGCUGCAGCACGUGGACACGGGGAACUCGUACCUCUGUGGGUAUCUGAAGAUCAAAGGCCUUACUGAGGAGUAUCCAACCCUCACGACCUUCUUUGAAGGAGAAAUCAUCAGCAAAAAGCACCCUUUCUUAACCCGAAAGUGGGAUGCGGACGAGGAUGUGGACCGGAAGCAUUGGGGCAAGUUUCUGGCUUUUUAUCAGUACGCAAAAUCGUUUAAUUCAGACGACUUUGAUUACGAAGAGCUGAAGAGUGGGGACUAUGUUUUCAUGAGGUGGAAGGAGCAGUUCCUGGUCCCGGACCACACGAUCAAGGACAUCAGUGGUGCUUCCUUUGCCGGCUUUUACUACAUCUGCUUCCAGAAGUCGGCGGCCUCCAUAGAGGGCUACUAUUACCACAGGAGCUCGGAAUGGUAUCAGUCGCUCAAUCUCACUCAUGUUCCAGAACACAGCGCGCCCAUCUACGAAUUCCGGUGACAGCGGUCUGGGACGGCAACCAAAUAAACUGAACUUGGCAAAAAAGAACUUUGCCAAGAAAACUGUGUACCUGCCAGAACCAGGAGAACGUGUGUUCCUGUUUCUUCACGAGCAGACUCGCAUCAGAAAGCAUGAAUGUCAACCCACGGCAUCCGAGGAGUGCGGCCGACCAGCAAGGGCAGGUGGAGGGCGGCCUCGGUUCCUCUUCCCUCUCUGUGGCAGUUUGGUCUUAAGCUGUUUUUAAGCUACCGUAAAUGCACUUUUCCUCCUGCACAGCUGACUUCUGUAUCACUGAGACGCACAUCCCUUCCCCCACGCCCCCCUCCAGCCCCGGCCCCCCUUGGCCUUGGUGCUCAGUGGUCCCCACCAGGCCCCCCCGCCCCCGAUUGCUUACUCUGGUAGCUCAAGGGAAGGCCGAGCCCAGCAGCCGUGCGCCCCCGGAGCCCUGUGCGGGGAGGCGGCCGAUCGCUCGGCGGGGUUGGGGCACUGCCAGCCCUGGGAUUCCCGCGCUGAGCUGGUCAGUGGCCGGCAGCUUCCCUGGGCCUGCCGUCCAGGUCACAGGAUUUAAGGCUUCCAGAUCCCUGGCAGGGACAGAUUCCCGUCCUGCUCACUCAGCACGUUUGCUCCAAACUUUUGAACUUGAGGGCAAUACUAAACUUAAAAAAAAAAAAAAAGUUUUUUUUAUUACAAAAUUAUUUUUAUGGUCCCUUUAACAAGGACCCUAUGGCAAAUGCACAAUUAUUCAGAAUUACAUUUUAUCGUUUUCACAUUGAAAACA